AUGGACAACACAACUCAACUUACCCCAACUGAAGUUGCUCACCCAGAUUCCAGUGUUGACACGGCCAUCUAUUAUGUCUAUUAUGAUAAUGACGAUGAUGAAGACUAUCUCUUUGAACCAACUUUGCGGAAAAGGCUGAACAUCCUGUCUAUAGUCAUCUAUAGCAUUGCCUUCAUUCUGGGGUUCAUCGGAAACGGGCUGGUCAUUUUCAUCACCGGCUUCCGUAUGAAGAAGACGGUCAACACCAUCUGGUUCCUCAACUUGGCCAUUGCUGACUUCAUCUUCACCUUCUUCCUGCCCUUGAACAUUGCCUACCUAGCCCUGGACUUUCACUGGCCCUUUGGGGAGGCCAUGUGCAAGUUCAACAGCAUCUUGGCCUUUGUCAACCUUUAUGCCAGCGUCUACCUCCUCAUGGUCAUCAGCAUCGAUCGCUGUAUUUCUGUAUUAUGUCCUGUGUGGGCUCAAAAUCACCGGAACCCCCAAUGUGCUUCCUUUGUGGCUCUCGGGGUCUGGAUUCUGGCCCUCAUGUUGAGUUCGCCGACCAUCCAUUUCAAGAGCACCCUGCAGAGUAUUGAUAAGAUCUACUGCUAUAGCCACUAUAGCCAUGAUGAGAAACAGGCCAAAGUCACCCACCAUGCCGUGAUUAUCAGCCGUUUCAUCUUUGCCUUUGUGAUCCCCUUUCAAGUCAUCCUUAUUUGCUAUGGGGCGAUUGUUCUGCGGCUGAAGAGGGACCGCUUGGCCCGGUCGAGCAAGCCCUUCAAGGUCAUCACUGCAGUGAUUGUGGCCUUUUUCGUCUGCUGGCUCCCCUAUCAUGUUUUCUCUUUCCUGGAGCUUCACGUCUACAAGGAUCCCGCAAUGCAAUCGACAAUCCUUAUUGGUGUUCCUUUGGCUUCCAGCCUGGCCUUCAUCAACAGCUGCCUGAAUCCCAUCCUGUAUGUCUUCAUGGGGCACGAUUUCAAGGAAAGGCUGAAACACUCCAUCCUCUCGGUAUUUGAGAACGCCUUCGCUGAGGAGGAAAGCCAAAGUACAACCCAAACUAAGACCAAAUCCUCAGUGCACCUGGACUCUCAGAACUUAUAAACAUUGCUGAUCUUGG